AUGGCUCUCUCACGCAUCAAAAACCGUCUCUCAUCAUCAACGGCACCUGCACCGCCUCCCUCUCCAAUGCAAAACUCUGCUAGAGCUGGAAACCGCAACGAACAAGCUUUCAGCACUUAUUUGGAUAAGAUGAAACAUAUGCCGGAUCUUAAUCUUCCUGAAUAUGUAAACAGGUCAAUGAUUGCAGACGUUGACUACCGGUUAAUUAAAAGCAAGGACCGGAAUUCAAUUAGCGAGGUAAUGAGAUCUGCUAUAAAGUAUGGUGUGUUUAGGAUUAGUGGGCAUGGGAUAUCGACUGAAGAGUUACAUCAAGCGUUUACUGAAGCGGAUUUUUGCUUUGGAUUGUUGGCUAAUCAAUGGAGUCGUGAUGGUGAUCGAGAAGAGUUUCAAUGGUCUCGAUCUGCCCUUUCUAUGGCAGAACGUAGAAGAGAAGUUGCUCGUGAGGACAGAUUUGUCAAGUUCAGCCAAAAGAUGGAGAAUCUUGCAAGUAAACUUGAAGCAAUCGCAGAUGAGGCUGCCAAGAUCAUAGGAAGCCAUGGAAACAAAAGAUCUCGGAAAAAAAUUAAGGAAAAUGAAGCUCGAAUGACACUGUUCAAGCACAAUAACUCGGCUCUUCAACCUCACACCCCACGCUCUUCCCAAACUCCUCGUGCAGAUGGCAAAAAAGACUCAACUUCGCCCGUUAUCGUUUAG